CGCGCGGCGGGGCGGGGCGGCCGCCGCAGACGUCAAGGCCCCGCCGCGCGAGGCCGCGCUGCCGUGGGCUCGGCCGGGGCUGCCGCGAGCGUGCGGGCGCGCCGGGCAUGUCCUAGGCGGCCCCGCGCUGCGCUCGGCCGGGCCGAGCCGGGACGGAGCCGGGACGGAGCCGGGGCCGCGCCGCAGAGCCGGACGGGCCUGGCCGGUGCCAAGAUGAGUGUCACGUCAUGGUUCCUGGUGAGCAGUAGUGGCACGCGGCACCGGCUGCCUCGGGAGCUCAUCUUCGUGGGGCGUGAUGAGUGUGAGCUCAUGCUGCAGUCCCGCAGUGUGGAUAGGCAGCAUGCCGUCAUCAACUACGACCAAGAGAAGGACGAGCACUGGGUGAAGGACCUGGGCAGCCUGAAUGGGACGUUUGUGAAUGAUAUACGCAUCCCAGACCAGAAGUACGUCACACUGAAGCUUAAUGAUGUCGUCCGUUUCGGCUACGAUCCCAACAUGUAUGUGCUGGAGCGGGUGCAGCACCGUGUGCCCGAGGAGGCGCUCAAGCAUGAGAAGUACACCAGCCAGCUGCAGGUGAGCGUCAACGGUGCAGCUCCCGUGAGGGGUGAGGCUCAGCCUGAACCCCCACUCUACUGCGAGUCCUCAAACCCCAGGCCGGACAAGGGGGACCGCAGGCCAGGAGCAGAGGCGGCUGCCUACCGCACACCCCUGUAUGGGCAGCCCUCGUGGUGGGGGGAGGAUGACGGCGAUGGCACACUGCCCGAGGGCCGGCACCAGGAGGAACCCUGCCAAGAGCACCCAAAGGAGCCACUGCCACUGCCAGUGGCUGACUCAGAGCCUGAUGGCUCCCCAACUGGCUUCCGAGCACCCGCUGAACCUCCGGGCUACUCGUUCCGGCGCGAGCCCAGCUACUUCGAGAUUCCCACGAAGGAGGCCCCGGAGGCACAGGCGCAGGCGGUACCCAGGGGUAGCGGCGGGGACUCAGAGGUGGCCCCUGUGGUGCAAAGCCAUGCUUCCUUCACCAUUGAGUUUGACGACUGCAGCCCAGGCAAGGUGAAGAUUAAGGACCAUGUCACCAAGUUCUCAAUGCGCCAGCGGCGGCCCCCGGCCCGGGAGCCCACGGCUGUAGAGGUGGUCUCAGCUGAGACCAAGGUUGCCGACUGGCUGGUGCACAACGACCCAAGCCUGCUGCGGCGAGCGGGGCCCGGGGAUGACCGCCACAGCACUAAGAGCGACCUGCCUGUCCGUAGCCGCAGCCCCAAGGGCCACAAACAUGAGGAUGGCACGCAGAGUGACUCCGAGGAUCCCCUGGCCAAGGCAGCGGCGGCGGCAGUGGCCGGGGCUUCCGUGGAGCCGGGCACAGAGCAGGUGCGGCUGCAACGGCAGAUCAAGCGAGACCCCCAGGAGCUGCUGCGUAACCAGCAGGCCUUUGUCAUCGAGUUCUAUGAUGAAGACACGCCCCGCAAGAAGCGCUCGCAGUCCUUCACGCACACCCCACCCGGUGAUCCCAGGGCCGACAAGCGCCGUGGUCCCUCUGGGCCAGCUGAGAGGGACCGGGCAGCCCCAGGUGCUGUGGGACCCCAGAGGGCCAGCUCACUCAAACGUGAGAAGACUGAGGAGAGGCUGGGGGGCCCCGCUCCCGCCCCCCGCACCCCUGCCCGCCCCUUCGGCAGUGUGGGGCGCCGCUCCCGCUUGGCGCAAGAGUUCAUGGCCCAGUGUCUGGGGGACGGUCCCCCAACCACCCGGCCUGGGCCUGAAAAGGCACCCCCCAUCCUGCCUGCAGCCCUGACACCCCGGGGGCCCAGCCCUGCGGUGUCCCCUGCCCCCCAGCCCCCUGGUGCUGCCCCCCAGCUGCCCAGGGCAGGCAGAGUAGAGGAGGAGGACAGUCUGAGUGAUGCGGGCACCUACACCAUUGAGACCGAGGCACAGGACAAGGAGGUGGAAGAGGCCCGUAGGAUGAUCGACCAGGUCUUCGGAGUGUUUGAGUCCCCUGAACUUUGCAGGGCGUCUUCGGCCGCCUUCCGCCCAGUUAUCAGGGGGGACCGGGAGGAGCCCAGGGAUGCAGCCGUAGCCCAGCGUGUGGCCGUGCUGCAGGAGUUUGCUGCUCGGGUACCAGGCGUGGCACCCUCAGCAGAGCACCAGGGACCGCAGCUGCCUGGCUCUCCUGGAGCUCAGAAGUGGGUGUCCCGCUGGGCCAGCCUAGCUGACAGCUAUUCGGACCCCGGACUGGCUGAGGAGGGCCCUGGACACAGGGCUGGGGAGUCGGAGGGGACCCCGCACGCACGCACACGGAGGCUGCUCCCCCAGCUGCCUGGCGACAGGGCGGACGGCCCUGUAGGCCCCGAUGCUGCACGGAGGAGUGGGCCUAGGCCGCCCGAGCUGGGCAGCGAGCCAAGUGGCUGCCUUGUAGGCCGGGAGGACGUCGACCCCGACAGCCUCAGUGACACCAGUGGGUCUGACGGUAGCCGGGGCCCCGAGCGGGGCCAGGAGCCGCAGGAGGGACUGGCUUGGUGCCAGGAGCGACACUUAUCGCGGGCUGCCAGGGAACCGGCCCCCACCUCCUUCUUCAUCGGAGACCAGAACGGGGACACCACUUUCCCUAGGAAACCAGCGGCGGCUCCCGGGGAGGCGGGGGGUGCCCCGGCCAGGGCUGGCCUAUGCAGCAGCAGCAGCAGCGACAGAAAGCUGGCCCUCCAGCUGCGGGCAGGACGAUCCCCAGAGCCGGACAGCCCCGGCCUGGCCCUGCCCAGGGAGGCCUCCUCCAAGGAGCCGGCCAGUGGCCCUCCAGCCCCUGAACAGCCCUUGCGCGUCUCCAGCCACCCACUCCUGCAGGACCUGGCCGCCGCCCGGGCCUCCCGGCUGGACGUCCCCACGCAGGACACACAGCUCCUGUUGAAGGACACUGAGACAGCCCUGGCUGCCCUGGAGGCCCGCCUGUUGUCCAAGACUGCCGAUAGUGACGGGGGCGGCAUGCCUGGGCCCCCCGAGGAUUCCUUAUCUGGGGACUCUGAUGUGGACACGGCCAGCACCCUUAGUCUGCUCAGUGGUAGGAAUGGACCCAGCCCCACCACACCCCCGGCCCUGGGGCUGCAGAAGGAGAAGCCGCCAGCCACACUGGACUCGGGCAGCGCCCGUGGAAGGCCCUCCGCAAAGCAGCCUCGCCCACCAGGCCCCACGGACCCAGGCCGCGGGGAGCCAGCCCGGCACCCGGCUGUGCGGCGUGGCCCUGGGCCCCGGGGAGCCCUCGACUGGCCGGAGGACGAGCGUGGUCCCAGCUCAGACCACGAGGCACCUGAGGCCACGGGGGCAGGGCGGCCAGGUGUCACCCGGAGACCGGCGGCCCCACCGCCACCCCCAGCCCCCCGGGAGGAGCCAAGCCGCAGUUCCACCAGUGCCCAGAAGGUGCAGCAGGCUCUGACCCGCUCCAACAGUCUGUCCACACCCCGGCCCACACGGGCUUCCCGGCUGAGGCGCGCCCGGCUCGGGGAUGCCUCGGACACUGAGGCUGCGGACAGUGAGCGGGGAGCCCUGGGCAAUCCCGAGCCUGCGGGCCGGCCGGCUGCUGAACAGACCAAGAAGCUAUCACGCCUGGACAUUCUGGCCAUGCCCCGGAAGCGGGCAGGUUCCUUCACAGGACCCAGUGACACAGACACAGGCCCCGCUCGUCCCGGCUUCUCGGGCCACAGUGCAGAGCUGUGCCGCACCAACCGCAAGCCCACCAUGGCCGAAGCCCGGGCCAUUGCCCGGAAGGCCGCUGCCACCAGCACAGCCACCUCAAGUCCCCGCCAGCCCUUCAGCAGGGCCCGCCCGGGUAGCGCAAGAUAUGCAUCUAACCCGCGUCGCCGGCAGCAGGGUUCAGAUUGCACGUCCACUUCCGAGGAGGAGUACGGCUCCCAUCACGGCUCCCCCAAACACACUCGCUCCCAUGCCUCAACAGCCACGCAGACGCCGCGGGCUGGCAGCUGCAGCCGGGCUCGCUCGCGGCCUCCCGGCCCCCGGGACACAGACGAUGACGAGGAGGAACCCGACCCGUACGGCUUCAUCGUGCAGACGGCUGAGAUCGCAGAGAUUGCCAAACUCAGUCAGACACUGGUGAAGGACGUGGCCAUCCUGGCACAAGAGAUCCAUGACGUGGCUGGGGAGGGUGCUGACUCCCUGGAAUCUGGGGGGCCCGCCCGAAGCCCCUCUCUCGGCAGCGUGCCCAGCACCCCUGCCUCCACCAUCUCUGCCCGGGAGGAGCUGGUGCAGCGCAUUCCGGAGGCCAGCCUGACCUUCCAGAAGGUGCCCCCUGGGUGCCUCAACUCCCGAGACUUUGACCAGAACAUGAACGACAGCCGGGGGGAGGACGCGCUGGCGAACAAGACGCGGCUGCGGAACCAUGAAGAGGUGAUCUUCGAUAACCUGAUGCUGAACCCGGUGUCCCAGCUGUCCCACGCCAUCCGCGAGAACACGGAGCAGCUGGCGGAGAAGAUGAAGAUCCUCUUCCAGAACACGGGCCGGGCGUGGGAGGACCUGGAAGCCAGAAUCAACACUGAGAAUGAGGUACCCAUCCUGAAGACAUCCAACAAGGAAAUCAGCUCCAUCCUGAAGGAACUGAGACGUGUGCAGAAGCAGCUGGAAGUCAUCAAUGCCAUCGUGGACCCCAGUGGGAACCUGGACCUGCUGGCCGAGAACAGGGGCUGUGGGGGCGCCACCCAGCUAGGGCUGGGGAGAGGCCGCGUGGCUGCCCAGAGCCCAUUUUCACCAUCCUCGGCGGACGCCCUGCUGCCCAGCCUCACUGCCAGGAGCCGCCCGCCGCGGGCCAGCUGCGGGCCGCCUGGACGCUCGGAGCCUGCCUUUCUCUCUGAUGCUGAGCGGUUUCUGAUCUAGCCACAGGCCAGGCCGGGGCUCCUCUUUUGUGUGUGCCCUGUGCCUGCCCGGCUGCAGGUGGCUCCCCGUGAGGGCCCCACAGGUGCCAUGACCCUGGGCGGGUGCCCCCACACCCAGGCCCCCCAGCCCUAGACACCGCCUGUCCUGGCCCCCACUCCUUUCCACUGCUGUGGUGUUUGUCUUAGCUUUAGGGAAGGCGGGAUCUGUGCCAUUGGAGGGCCCCCAGGGCCAUGGCCCUGUGUUCGGAGCAGGAUCGGCUAGAGGUGGUGAUUCAGUGCCAAAACCCCAUGUUGGGAGGGCUGGGGCUGCUGCCCUGUCUCUCCCCAGGCCUGACUUCAGCGGCCGAGAUCCCGCUGCUCAGAACCUUAGGUGCCAAUACAGGCACCAACCCCAAGCUGGGUGCUGCCCCAAAGGAGCCGGCCUGGGUCAGCCUGGGCACAGCCCCGUGAUACACACGGCUGUAGACAUGGCACUGCCACACGGGUCCACACACACAUGGCUGAAGGUGUGCCCAGACAUAGCCACAUGUCAUACACGGCUGAAGGCAUGCCCGGGCACUGCUUGCUGUCUCAGGGGCAUCCCGCUAAGGGCUCCCGGAGGCCUGGGUGUGACUGGGCAGUCUCCCCCACCCAUAGACCUCAGCCAUGCUCCUGAAGGCUGUAGACCAUCUGCAACGUACCCCUGCACAUAAGGCUUGUGGGGUGGUCCUGCCAUCCCAGCUCUUCCAGCAGGGAGGAGUGAGCAGAGGGUGGCCCCUGCAGGGCUGCUAAGCCAAAGAGCCCAUUGGCUGUGGUGUGGGACAGGCGCCCAUCCCCCGGUGUGCUUGCAAGUGCUGGGCCUGCUGCAGGCCCAGUGGGCGAGUCUGCUGUUUACACUGAGCUGUCGAGUGCACGAGUCCCGUGUGCCUGCGCCCCAACUGCCUGGCACGUGUGUAUAUGUAUAGGGGAGGGUGGCCGGGUGCCCCUGUCCCCAGGAAGCCUGCUGUCCAUUCGGAGGAGGCACUGGCCAUGGCCCGCCCUGCAUGUCCUAGCCGGAAGCUGGCUGCCCGCUCCAUCAUCCACCCUGGGCAUCACUGUUCACUUUGGUUGUUCAUGAAUCCGUGCUCUCACAUUGAGUUCUGCUCCCGACCCUGGGACUGUCGCCCCACAGGCUUCUGGGAGCCACCCUCACACGUUUGUUCUCAGGUGGUCUUGUGCUGUCUCUCUGGAAAGUUAUUUUAUAUGAUUUGUCAUGGAGUUUGUUCUAAUAAAUCAUUCUGUCACAUGG